AUGCAGGGUAUCAGUUUUUGGCAGCCGCUUGUCGUCAUCGGCGUGUUUGCCACUACUCUAUCUUCCGCUCUCGGCAACUUCAUUGGUGGCUCGCGUAUUCUUGAGGCUCUUGCCAAGGAUGAGAUUUUUGCAUGUUCGCAUCUUUUAUUAUUAUCCACAGGAGCAUUCUUUCGACCAGUCACGUGGACCACUAAAGGCGGAAAUCCUCUUGUCUCUGUCCUGAUCACAUACCUCUUUAUCCAGGUAUAUAUUUACUUAUUUUUUUAA